UUUAAUAUACGAUCUUUGUAGUCUGGUUCGGUCUGCUCUCCGGUCACAACAAAAAUGGCGGCUGCAGCACGGCUUUUUCUUCGAAGUGUACACUCGAAACUUUCUGUGUCUGGCGUAUCCACCGUACCGCAGAACACUUUUGGACCUACGUUGCUAAAACUGUCAUCGAGCUGCAACCCCCACGGGAAAACGCAACGUAGACAUGCAGCACAUUUUACCUUCCAGCCUGACCUCGUCCCAACACAGUAUGGACCAACCGAGAAGAUGAAUUUGUUUCAGUCAAUUACAAGUGCCUUGGACAACACUCUUUCCAGUGACCCCACAGCAGUUAUCUUUGGGGAAGAUGUGGCCUUUGGAGGUGUAUUUCGAUGUACAGUGGGUCUAAGAGACAAAUAUGGGAAGGAUCGUGUCUUCAACACUCCACUUUGUGAGCAGGGGAUUGUGGGAUUUGGUAUUGGUGUAGCGGUUGCGGGAGCCACAGCUAUCGCUGAGAUCCAGUUUGCAGACUACAUCUUUCCUGCCUUUGACCAGAUUGUCAAUGAAGCUGCCAAGUACCGCUACCGCUCUGGCAACUUGUUUGAUUGUGGAAACCUCACGAUUCGUGCUCCCUGGGGAUGUGUUGGCCAUGGAUCCCUUUACCACUCCCAAAGCCCCGAGGCCUUCUUUGCCCAUUGCCCUGGCAUCAAGGUUGUAGUACCUCGUAGCCCUGUGCAGGCUAAGGGGCUGCUUCUCUCCUGCAUCGCUGAUAACAACCCCUGCAUUUUCUUUGAACCCAAGAUCCUUUACAGAGCAGCGGUGGAGCAGGUUCCCACAGAACCUUAUACCAUUCCACUAUCACAGGCUGAGGUUGUUGAGGAGGGAAGUGAUGUCACUUUGAUUGCCUGGGGGACACAGGUACACGUGAUAAAGGAAGUGGCCCAAAUGGCACAGGAAAAACUGGGUGUGUCCUGUGAGGUCAUUGACCUUCGCACUAUCCUGCCGUGGGAUGUUGAAACUGUUUGCAAGUCGGUGGUGAAAACUGGACGUUUGCUCAUAAGUCACGAGGCCCCUAUUACUGGAGGGUUUGCUGCUGAAAUCAGCUCUACAGUACAGGAGGAGUGUUUUCUUAAUUUGGAGGCUCCCAUUAGUAGAGUGUGUGGUUAUGACACCCCAUUUCCACAUAUUUUUGAGCCAUUCUACAUCCCAGAUAAGUGGAAGUGCUUUGAGGGAAUCAGGAAGAUGAUCAACUAUUAGACUUGAAUAUACGAGCCAGCUCCCGAAAGCCCCAACGAUGUGCUCCCUAUUUUCCAACUCAUGUAUCCAAUCAAUGGAGAGACGCCAGGAAAAGACACUUUGUUGACCAUUCAGUAGGGAAGCCCAUGUCCAGAUGACUCCACGUCCCCGUAUACCCUCACAGCUCAUACUUUUACAUUACAUACCUCUUAAAUAGGGAACUUUACUCUGUGAUGUAUGUGAUGGCAACUAUGUUGAUGACAUGAUCCAUAGGCUAUUAUUAUGUUUUGUUUCUUUUGCGUUUUGCCUUCAGCAAUAAAAUCACAUUCUGUCAUUUAAUUACCUCAUACUUGUUACUGCUCCCAACUCCCACCCAAUGCUUCUGCACACGCACACAUUACAUUUUAUUUUCAAGGAAAAAGGAACAAAUGUUAAAUCCGUGAAAACAUUUGAGUGGUGUAAUGGCCUUUUUAUUUGCUGUGUGCGCUGGAAGACUUGAAAGUGACGGAGUUCAACCACAGUGUCAGGAAAAUUUUGAACACAUUUUAUUUUACCACAUCCUGAUGAUGGGAUAAUUAUAGAAUAUCCGCAGUGUGUUUAAAAAUUAAAGGAGCCUAUUUAUUGUCUUGGA